UGCGCCCUGGAUCCUGAUGCUGUUGCUCACAGUGGGCCAGGGGUUCGCCAUCGUGGUACUCAGCGUCAUGCUCUGGAGGCGGAGGGUCCAGGGGACCCUGCACAGAAGAAACCGCAAGCGGUGCUAUGACUGCGGUGGAAGCCCCAGCGGCUCCUGCAAAGAGACCGUGACCACUUGCGGCCAGGGCGAACGCUGCGGCUUCCUGGAGCGCAGACCCCAACCGGACCUGAGACAGACCAAGCCAUCUGGAAACCCCUCAGUGACCUUGAUUCAUCACCAUCCAGACUGCGUGGCGGCCCCUCAUCGCAGUCAAGUGGAAACAGAGGUGGUGGGAGAUGUGACUUAUAUGACCCACAGGGACUGCUGCGUCUGCGACCUGUGCAACAGUGCUGUGGUGAGCACUGCAGCCCCCGUGUGCAUCGUGGCUGCAGGGGUCACCGCCCUAGCCUGGCUCUUGCCAGGACUGUGGAGAGGGUAGUGGGAGUAGGGGAAGAGAAGGGAGCAAGGGAAGGGGAUCUGAGGUGAGAAGAUAAACACUCCUCUGUGAGCCAUUAAAAUCUAUCGACCACUCUAGGGCUGACUGGAAAAUUCCAUC